GGCUACUGUGUGCCUCUUCGUCACAGUCCAUGGUUAACCACCCGUGGGGAUCCCGACAUCCAUACAUAACCCGUGGUGCUUAGCGUACUGUCACGUGUAAUCACUGAGGAAAGAUGCGCCACACCAUGCGUAGCCAAUGAACACCUCAGUUAUAUAAGGAAUGGGUGCCAGUCUGCGUACACACACACGCACACGUUACUAAUUGACAAGCCGAGUAAGCUAUGACGGGUAUUUCAACGAAAUUGAUCCAUGGAGAUGACUCCUUGAACAGAGUGCCAGAUGUUGUUUCUCCAAUUAACGUGACAACCACAUUCAGAUACGAUUCCAAUCCCGAUAACUUGGCAGCCGUUGUGGACCUGCCUGGUGGUGUGUACCCGGAUGAUCAGCUGGUGUACUCGAGAUUGGCGCAUCCUAAUGGUUUGAAGCUGGAGGAGAUCUUCACAGAGAUCCUGGGUGCUCCAUCUGUUGUGUACUCUUCAGGUUUGGCUGCGUUCUAUGGGCUCAUCACUCAUUUCAACCCCAAACAGGUUGCUAUUGGACCUUGCUACCAUGGUGUGAAGAAGAUUGUGGACAUCCAUACUAGAAACUUUGGGUUGAAGCAGUUGUCAUACUCAGAGGAGGAUUUGGACAAGUUGCAGCCUGGUGAUCUGAUCCAUAUUGAGACCCCUGUAAACCCACAGGGAACGUCGAAGGACAUCAGAUACUUUGCUGAGAAAGCCCAUGCCAAGGGUGCAAUCUUGUCAGUGGAUUCCACUUUUGCUCCAGUGCCUUUACAAGAUCCAUUCAAGUUUGGUGCCGAUGUUGUCAUGCAUUCUGCCACCAAGUACUUUGGUGGUCACUCAGACCUGCUGGCUGGUGUUCUUGCUGUCAAGACUCAAGAGAUCAAGACCCAAUUGACUGUUGAUAGAAUCUAUUUGGGUACUAACAUUGCCAAUUUGGAGGCUUUCCUGCUCUUGAGAUCCUUGAGAUCCUAUGACCUGAGAAUAAAGAAGCAGUCCGAUAAUGUUUUGAAAGUGGUGACUUUUUUGAAUGAGAACAAGCACAAGUACAAGGUCCUUAAGGAGAUUUAUCACUCUUCGCUUCAGCAAGAACCUUUUGUGAAGGAACAGUUGCCAAAUGGUUAUGGUCCUGUGUUCGCUCUGACGUUGGAUUCAAAGGAAACUGCAAAGUACUUCCCAUCUCGUCUGAAAUACUUCCAUCACGCAACUUCGCUCGGUGGGCUGGAGUCAUUGGUGGAGUGGAGGGCUAUGACUGAUCCAUACGUCGAGCAAACUCUCAUUAGGGUUUCUAUCGGUGGUGAAGAUGCCCAAGAUUUAAUCGAUGAUCUUGACCAGGCAUUUUUAUCAUUUGAGAAGUAGGAUGGUUUUUAUUUUCGCUUUCUUUAUUAUAAAAAUACAUAUAUAGAUCACCA